CAUGUCUGAAGUCUCCUCUGAAUCGUCAAUUAUUUUCGGAGUAGGUUCUCCCAUUCCUAAACCAAGGAUGAAGGGCGGUGGUAUUUUUGGUCAUGUACCAGACGCUUUUGAUGGAAAAAGCCUAGACUUUAAUGAUAAAAUAUAUGAAAACGGAUCGAAAAAGUUUACAAAGCCAGAGAAUAGUGACGACCUUGUCCAUUCAAUUAAUGUUAAUGGUUCCAAUAUUUCAAAUUUAUCAUCUGCUUCGGCUAAAAAGAAAAAUAUAACUGAAAAUAGAUUACUAAAGAAAAAGGAAAUUUCGGCUAAAAUAACAUUUAUUGAUGAAGAGAGCGCCCAAUCUAGAAUACUUAUCAAGGGUGGAAAAAUUGUAAAUGAUGACCGCUCAUUCUUCUCUGAUGUCUACAUUGAAGAUGGGGUCAUUAAACAAAUUGGCAACAAUAUCACAAUACCAGGUGGUGCGCGUACAAUCGAGGCCAAGGGUAAACUCAUCAUUCCUGGUGGUAUUGAUACCCAUACUCAUAUGCAACUUCCAUUCAUGGGCAUGACCGCCGUUGACGAUUUUUAUCAUGGAACAAGGGCCGCUUUAGCGGGCGGAACAACAAUGAUAAUUGAUUUUGUUCUAGAUAAGAAGGGAACUCCUUUAUUGGAGGCAUACGAGAAAUGGCGUUCGUGGGCUGAUUCCAAAGUUUGUUGCGACUACGGUUUUCACGUUGGUGUUACUUGGUGGUCAGAUAAAGUUAAAGCUGAAAUGGAAACACUCGUAAAAGAAAAAGGAAUAAACUCCUUUAAAAUGUUUAUGGCGUAUAAAGACAUGUUUAUGCUACACGAUAAUGAAUUAUACGAAUCGUUUAAGAGAUGCUCAGAGUUGGGAGCACUUGCGAUGGUUCACGCCGAAAACGGCGAAAUUAUAGACGAAAAAUCGAAGGAAAUUGUAAGCACUGGGAUUACCGGCCCUGAGGGACACGAACAAUCAAGACCAGAACCUUUAGAAGCCGAAGCAACAAACAGAGCAGUCAUGAUUGCGGACCAAGCCAACUGCCCGCUAUAUGUUGUUCACGUUAUGUCGAAGAGUGCGGCUGACGUUGUAGCUGCGGCCAGGCGAAGUGGCAAAGUUGUUUUCGGUGAACCUAUAGCGGCUGGCCUUGCUACCGAUGGAACUCAUUAUUUCAACAAAUGUUGGCGUCACGCAGCCGGACAUGUGAUGUCCCCUCCUCUGCGUCCAGACACUACCACACCAAAAUACUUGAUGCAGCUUUUAGCUAACAACGAUCUUCAAUUAACAGGUACCGACAAUUGUACCUUUAAUGCCGAUCAAAAAGCGUUGGGUAAGGAUGACUUCCGAAAAAUACCCAAUGGAGUAAACGGAGUUGAGGAUCGUAUGAGUGUUAUAUGGGAAAACGGAGUUCAUUCCGGAGUUAUGGAUCCUUGUCGAUUUGUUGCCGUCACUUCGACAAACGCGGCAAAAAUUUUUAACAUUUACCCGCAAAAAGGACGUAUUGCUGUAGGAUCCGAUGCAGAUAUUGUUAUCUGGGAUCCCACUGCUACUAGAACCAUUUCAGCUAAAACCCAUCAUCAAAAAUGCGACUUUAACAUAUUUGAGGGUAUGACUUGUCAUGGUGUACCAGAGAUCGUAAUAAGUCAAGGUGCUAUUGUGGUUGAGGAUGGUCAGGUCCACGUUACCCAAGGUAUUGGACGAUACAUUGAAAUGCCUCCAUUCCCUGAGGCGGCGUUCGCUAAGUUUGAGCACAAGCAAACUGGUCCCAUAAAAAUCGAUAGAGAACCAUACGACGGAUCGGUAGCUCAGCUCCCUCAAAGCGAGGUUAACGAUACACCUCAGUCAAUAAGAUCAAGAAUGAUGGAUGGAGCAAAUCCAAUCACAAACAAUCCGGAUUUUCAUAAUAGACCUCCGACUCGUUCUGGUGGUCGUUCCAUGCACGAUUCCAGCUUCAGUCUUAGUGGUGCACAAUAUGACGAUAAAAAACCACCAAAGUCUGGUAUGAAAGUAAUUAAUCCUCCCGGCGGUAAAUCCAGCGGUAUUUGGUAA